ACUUCACAAACCCAAUACAAAAUCAGUGUUUAGGUUUAUUUUACCUUGGUUCCUCCAGCUAAAAUGGUGAUACUGUUGAGCCGAGGUUGUAUCCUAUGGUGGCUGAAGCUCUGUGGUGUUCUAGGAUUAUUGUGGAUGAUUUUCUUACUCCGAAGCUCAAACAUGAACUGGGUUCAUAGCCGCAGGCUCAGGUAUGACUGGUUGGAAUAUACAGAUGCCGACAACAGCCCGGAGAAAGUGUGCAACUGUUCUGCAAUCCUGCACGGAGAGAGGGAGGCACUGGAGCAAGCCAAGCUACUGACCAUCACCAAAGAAUUCCUCAAGCGUAUCCAGAUCCCAGAUGAGUACUAUGUCAAUGCUUCCCAGGACUGCAGGAAUUUCAAAUUAAGCAGGAAGUAUGUAACAUUCCCUCUGAGCCAGGAAGAAAAGGAAUUCCCUCUGGCUUAUUCUAUGGUUGUGCAUCAUAAGGUGCAAAACUUUGAACGUCUCCUGCGUGCGAUCUAUGCACCUCAGAACAUAUACUGUGUUCACGUGGACAAAAAAUCCAAACCCUCAGUCGUAGCCGCCAUCAUGGCAAUUACUUCCUGUUUCCCAAAUGUCCUUAUGGUCAGCCGUCGUGUGAGCGUGGUCUAUGCCGGCUGGCCACGUGUGCAGGCUGACCUCAACUGUAUGGCCAACCUCUAUAAUUCCACAACAAAAUGGAAAUAUUUCAUCAACCUUUGUGGCCAGGAUUUCCCGCUGAAAACCAACUUGGAGAUUGUGAGGACGUUAAAGGCGCUGAGGGGUGGGAACAGCUUGGAGUCGGAGAAAAUGCCAAAUGAGAAAAGGUGGAGGAUGACAUAUACACACCAGAUAGUUGAUGGGAUAUUACAGCGUACAGGAAACACCAAAGGUCCACCUCCCUUCAACCUGCCCAUUUUUUCAGGAAAUGCUUAUAUUGUGGUUAGCCGAGGCUACAUUCGCAACGUGUUGGAGGACAGCCGAAUUCUUGCACUGAUGGAAUGGUUCAAAGAUACGUAUAGUCCUGAUGAGUUUUUGUGGGCAACCAUCCAGAGAAUACCUGGUGUUUCUGGUUCAACACGACCCCACUACAAAUACGACAUGUCAGACAUCAAUGCUGUCGCACGGUUAGUGAAGUGGCUGUCACUUGAACAUCAAAAUGAUGCCGCAUAUCCAGCAUGCCAGGGAAACCAUGUUAGGACCAUAUGUGUGUACAGCGCAGGAGACCUGGAGUGGAUGAUCAAGCAGCACCACCUGUUUGCUAAUAAGUUUGAUGCAGACAAAGAUCCUAUUCCAAUCUACUGCUUGGAGAAAUAUCUGAGACACAAGGCUUUGUCUGAUGGACUGUAG